AUGGACCCGCCUUCACAGCGCGGCGCCGUCUUCCUGUUCCCAGACCCGUACAAGCCUGGCGGGAUGGCGGUCGGCAGCGGGUGCCGUCCGAUGGAAUCGGGGUCCUACCAGGAAUUCCUGAAGAACCCCCUCAACCAUCCGAUUUACACCCACCUACCUGAGCCACUGCGGCACCUACGGGCAGCCAGGGAAUAUGAACAGCCCGCAAUGCAGAAGACACCGCAAAUGCUGCCCUCCAACUUCUACCCGGGCUUCUUCCCCACCUACCCGAUGCAGCCGCAGCUCCAGAGCCCUGAGCAGCUACAGCUCUUCUGGGCCCAUGUCAGCCACCAGUUCCAACACCAGUUCCACCCUUACGUCGCCCAACAGCAGGCCGUAUACCAGGCUGCGCUCCAGCCGCAGCCGGCUAGCGUAUCUGACGCCUCGAUCCGUUGCGCUACUAUCGUCAUUCCGAAGACCUUGAUGCUCAAGGAAACCUCUUCAAAUACUGCUAACAUCGAGGAUACCGAUUUUUCGGCCAAGCCCAGCAAGCAGGAGCUUCGCGCCGCGCUGGUCAAGAUCCAGGAAGCCAGCCAGCGCCUACUACCCCCCACCACACUCUCCGCCCUCUUCCCAGCACCCAGUCAU